AUGAUUAUUCGAGUUUUAACACCUUAUUAUCUUCUCGGACAAGAUCAAGAAUAUCCAUCACUUAACUUAGAUCGGAAUGUUGUUGAAGAUCAUUACAAGAUUAAUCGAGAAAUUGCUACUGCAGGCAUUAUUUUACUUAAGAAUACAAACAAUAUUUUACCAUUCGAUGUUACAAAAGAUAAAUAUUAUUUUAUUUAUGGAUCAGCAGCAGGUCAACCUGAUAAAGAUUUCGAUUCAGGAUAUUCGUCAAAACAUUCAGGUGCUUUAUAUCAAGGUGGAGGUUCAGGCUUUGUUCAACCAACAUAUGCUAUUGAUCCUCUUACUUCACUUUUAAUUAAAGGUCGAGAUUUUCAUUUUCAAAUUCGAUAUAUUACUAACCAAAAUGAUUAUGUUGCUAUUAAUAAAUCAUUCAAUCAUCGUCACUUUGCUACUGGUAAAUGUCUUGUUUUUAUUAGUGCUUGGUCUUCAGAAGGAUUCGAUAGAAAUGAUCUUCAUGCUUUAAAUAAUGAGGAUAAACUUGUUCAAACUGUUGCUUCUCGUUGUGCUAAUACUAUUGUCAUCGUCAACAGUGUUUCACAACUUAAUCUUGAAAGUUGGAUUGAUCUUCCCAAUGUGGUUGGUGUUAUCUGGUCAGGUAUGCCUGGAUCAGAAUAUGGACCAGCUAUUGUUGACGUUCUUUUUGGAAAUUAUAAUCCAGGAGGCAAACUUGUUUUUACACUUGCUAAAAAUGAUUUUGAUUAUGGUACUGAUAUUAGUCCAACAUACCAUUCCAAUUAUAGUGAAGGUGUUUUCUUAGAUUAUCGUCAUUUUGAUAAAUAUAAUAUUCUACCACGAUAUUAUUUUGGAUAUGGUCUGUCAUAUACAACAUUCUCCUUCUCUAAACUUCAUAUUGUUAAAACUGUAAAAGGUAAACAUAAGGCUUCAUUACAUUAUCGACAACAUCGAAUAAGAACUUAUACUAAUAUUGCUACUUCGAAACUUUAUGAACCUGUCUACGAAAUAACAUUUACUGUCACUAAUAGUGGUGAAGUUUAUGGUUCAGAAGUACCUCAACUCUAUCUUGGAUUUCCGGAUGAAGCAGAAGAACCAGCAAAAGUAUUACGAGGUUUCGAACGAGUGUAUUUAGCAGCAGGUCAAUCGAAACAAGUUUCAUUGAUAUUAACAAAAAAGGAUAUUUCAUACUGGAAUGUUAUUAAUCAAAAAUGGACUGUUGCUCCUGGUACUUAUACAGUUUCGAUUUCAACAUCUGCUAAUAAUGAUGAUAUUAAACUUCAAACUACUUUUAAUAUAGAGUGGCAAAAUCAAAAAAUUAAAAAAGAAAAAUUUAUCUCUCAAAAUCGGGAAAACAUCAGAAUGUUUUUGUGUGAAAUGAUAAAAAAAAUUGAAAAUUCAUUUUUAUCGUGUUAA